GAAACCAUCAGGUACUAUUUUAUGUUGGAUGAUGCAUAGACUCCCUCGCUUCAGGAACGAUUUAGUUGAAAGAUGUCUCGAUAUGAUAGGUGUCAUCUUGUUGUGCCACAAAUGAAAUGUUUCCUUCUUUUCUAUUUUCAAAGUCCAACUUCUAAAAGUCUGCAACAAAACAUUAAGUUUAGCACUACAUACAAACCCAAUGAAGCAUAAGUACAAUGUUUAAGAACAAUCGACAUCACACUAACAAGAAAGCCAAAAGUACCUGUGAAAUGACUUGGGUCAUUCAUUGUUCGGCCUAUCAACCUGAGCAACUAUGCCAUGAAUAGGGAUUACCCGUCAAAAAUGGGGCUGGGUGAAAAUGUUGCUUGGUUCAUUAUUGAUAACGAAGCAGCAGGAGAAGAAGAAGAUAAAGGGAAGGGCGGUUUUGAUGAAGAAGAACGUUUUAGACUUUAACGACUUCAAAGCCUCCAUUGUCGACAAUCUCUCCGAUUUUCUCGGCCGCAAAGUGUCUGUAGAAUUCAUCAGUUCUGCUCUGCCCCAUUCUUUAGGAAAUGGUUUGAAAGGAAAGCGCAGCAAGGCCACCUCUUUGAACAAUUGGGUGCUCAACAACCCCCUUUUAGCCUCAGGCGAGUCGGCGUUCGAAUUUGCCUUCGGGUGGGAUGAAGAUUUUGGGGUUCCGGCAGCGUUCGUCAUCAAGAACAAUCAUCCCAACGAGUUCUUCCUCAAAACCAUCACCCUCCAUGACCUUCCCAAUCAUGGCGAUGUCCACUUUGUAUGCCACUCUUGGGUUUAUCCGGCUUCCAAAUACAACUACGACCGCGUCUUCUUCGCAAACCAGGCCUUUCUUCCGAGUGAAACGCCGGCCCUGUUGAAGGAAUAUAGAGAACAAGAACUAGUGAUAUUGAGAGGAACUGGAAGUGGAGAGCUUAAAGAAUGGGACAGAGUGUAUGACUAUGCUUACUACAAUGACUUGGGUGAUCCAGACAAAGGUGAAGAAUUUGCUCGACCUAUUUUGGGUGGAAACUCAGAGUAUCCUUAUCCUCGUCGAGGAAGGACAGGCAGAUCCCCGACAAAGACGGAUCCUAAUUUUGAAAGUAGGAUUCCGCUUUUGAUGAGCUUAGAUAUAUAUGUUCCAAGGGAUGAGAGGUUCGGGCACCUGAAAUUGGCAGACUUUCUUACUUAUGCAUUGAAAUCUCUGGUUCAGUUUUUUCUACCUGAGUUUAAGUCUCUGUUUGAUUCUGCCCCAAAGGAGUUUGACAGCAUUCAAGAUGUACUUAACCUCUAUGAAGGGGGGAUCAAAUUGCCACAAGGGCCCUUGUUCAAAGCCCUCACUGAUAACAUUCCCAUCGAAAUGCUGAGGGAAUUCUUCCGCAGUGAUGGCGAGGGGCUCUUUAAAUUCCCAACCCCACAGGAGUUCCCACCAAAAAGUAAACUGGAUCCUAAUGUUUACGGCGACCACAGCAGUAAAAUCACAAAAGAGAAUAUCCAAGGCAGAUUAGAUGGUCUUUCAGUUGAGGAGGCAAUCAAGAAUAACCGGUUAUUCAUAUUGAACCAUCAUGACAUGCUUAUGCCAUAUCUGAGGCGCAUAAAUUCAACAAGUAACAAAAUCUACGCCUCAAGAACUAUGCUUUUCUUGCAAACCGGUGGCACAUUGAUGCCUAUUGCAAUUGAGCUGAGCUUGCCGAAUCCACUUGGAGAUAAAUUUGGUGCUAAAAGCAAAGUGUACACACCAGCUGAACAAGGUGUUGAAAAUGGUGUGUGGCAAUUAGCUAAAGCUUAUGUUGCUGUGAAUGAUUCAGGGGUUCAUCAGUUGGUCAGCCACUGGUUGAACACACAUGCUGUGAUUGAGCCAUUCGUUAUUGCAAAAAAUAGGCAAUUGAGUGCACUUCACCCAAUAUAUAAGCUUCUGCAUCCCCAUUUUCGUGACACCAUGACUAUCAAUGCUUUGGCUCGCCAGAUAUUGAUCAAUGCUGGUGGAAUUCUUGAGAAGACAGUUUUCCCUGGUAGAUAUGCCAUGGAAAUGUCUGCUGUAGUUUACAAGGAUUGGGUUUUCACUGACCAGGCACUCCCAACUGAUCUUGUAAAGAGAGGUGUGGCUGUAGAAGACCCAAAUUCCCCACAUGGUGUUCGCCUUCUAAUUGAGGACUACCCAUAUGCUGUUGAUGGGCUAGAAAUCUGGUCAUCUAUCAAAACAUGGGUAGAUGAGUACUGCAAGUUAUAUUACAAAUCAGAUGACAUGGUACUGAAAGAUACUGAACUUCAGGCUUGGUGGAAGGAACUCCGAGAGCAAGGACAUGGUGAUUUAAAAGAUAAGCCAUGGUGGCCUAAAAUGCAGACAGUCCAGGAGCUGAUUGACUCAUGUACCAUUAUUAUCUGGAUAGCCUCUGCUCUUCACGCGGCUGUUAACUUUGGUCAAUAUCCCUAUGCUGGUUAUCUCCCAAACCGCCCAACCCUGAGCCGCAGAUUCAUGCCGGAGCCUGGAACUACCGAGUACAAGGAGCUUGAGACUGAUCCAGAGAAGGUUUUUCUAAGAACAAUCACUGCUCAGCUCCAGACACUGCUAGGUGUUUCCCUUAUUGAGAUUUUGUCAAGGCAUCCUUCGGAUGAGGUGUACCUCGGGCAAAGAGAGUCCCCUGAGUGGACAAAAGACCAGGAAGCACGUGACGCGUUUGCACGAUUUGGAAAGAAGCUUGGGGAUAUUGAGGAUGGCAUAAUGAAAAUGAACACAGAUGUAAAACUGAAGAACAGGACAGGGCCUGUGAAGGUACCGUACACGUUGCUCUUCCCUACAAGCGAAGCCGGUCUAACUGGCAAAGGCAUUCCAAACAGUGUCUCAAUCUAGAGCUUCAGAACCUGUAAUAUUUUUCUGGUUGGUGUGUUUCUUGGUUCCAUUUGAAUAAAUUUAUCUCCUCAAAGUAGUGCAGGGUGUAUGUUUACAUGUUAAUGAUCUGUUUAAAUAAACUCCUUCCUCUGCAUUUGGAUUGUAAUGCUUUACCACUGGCAAAAAAGUAAAGAUAUCAGAAACUG